CACCAUAUCUCUACAUUUUCGAUUUCAUCGAGAUGCACUCACGCAGUCGACAAUCACGCGCCGGAGCAACGCCAAGCAGCAGCCGCCGUUCUGUCGCAGGAACGCCAGCUCGAGCUACCCAAGAUGUACUACCGCCGUACAAGAAGCCUGCGCACCCGCUCGAUGGCGAGGCACAGCGAGCACUACGAGAAUUGAACGGCACUACAUUGUCGAAUGUCAAGAAGUACAACAAGGACGCGAUAGCCAAGAUCCGGACAUCGGCUGAAGGUGUCAAUGACAUGUUGAGCGAGCACCAGCGAUUCUUCAACGCACGCAGCAAGAAAUGGGACGCCGGCAAGAAGCUAGAUGAAAGGGAAGACGAGGAGGCGAUAAUGGCAGACCUUGAAAAGAAAGUCUAUGAGGCGACUGCGAAGUUAGAAGAGAGCAUGAGAGCGGUCAUCGACUCCAGCGUUGGCGCAGAGCGUAUCGAGGAAAUUCUUGAGUGGUUGCGCCAGGCCGCUCCCAGGCAACUCGAGGAAGAGUACGAAACACAAAUGACGCAACGUCAAACCCAGAGACGAGAGAUACAACGCCUAGAAGGUAGCGACGCAGAGUCAGAUGUUGACAUGCAAAUGGACGAGGGCCCAACGCCUGGGCCGACCCCACUCGAUGGCUCACGCGUAGCCCUUACCGGCUGCGUUGACAUGUUCAUCGACCGCAUGAAGCGUGAUACGGAUGCAUAUACAUCUCACUCGCUCACUGCGCGCUAUGCAAGACACAACGAAUACCGAGACUUCAAGCGGGUGGUCCACGAUGCGCGAUAUGGCGACGAUGGGCCCGUUCUUGGCCACGAAGAUACUUGGUUCACAGAGGCUGGCGAGCCACAGCUAGGAGUCACGCAGACUCGAGGCGGUGCCUACGAUGACGACGAAGAUGAUCUCGUCAUGGACAGAGCGACAAUCAGCACCAAAUGUCCGAUCACAUUCCAGCAAUUGAAGGAACCAUACUCAAGCACCAAGUGCCCACACACAUUUGAGAAGACCGCCAUUCUAGGCAUGAUCAGAACGAGUAGUAGCCGUUUCGGUCCCGGUGGGGCACGAUCAGUCGCGUGUCCUAUCGUAGGAUGUGAUCAGCAACUCUCCGCCGAAGACCUUCGCGUUGAUCCGAUUCUCGUGAGGAAGAUUCAACGUGUGCAGCGCGCCGAACUGGAAGAAUCCCAAAUCGAUUCUGACGGCGAGGACGACGAAGAGGACGAUGACGAAAUACAAGCACCCCGAGGUCCUUAGCCUAACGGUAGGGGUGGUCGAACGAGGUAGGGUUCGUUGAGAUAGCAGCCACCGCAGCGCUUCCACCUCAAGACUCCGGGGCUUCCCGUAAUGACGAACAUGAUCAGCAGAGAUGGAGGAGAGGGCUUGUGCGGCUUGAGCGACGAAGGAAGCAUUUGAUACCCACGAUUACAUCGUUAUGAAGCUCACGCAUCAUUUUCUGCAAUCGAGCUAGACCAACAAACAGGCAAUACCUGAGCUACUGCAUGUUCCAGCUGCAUCUGC